AUGAGUGACGACAACGUGCCCAAGUCUGGGGACUGGCCAGUAGACCCUCAAGAUGAACAAGAAAUUUUGAAAGAGCGCAUCUGGGUCGAUGGCUGUUUUGAUUUCGCCCACCACGGCCAUGCGGGUGCCCUACUGCAAGCGCGUCAAUUAGGGAAGGAGCUGUACGUAGGCAUUCAUUCCGACGAGGAGAUCUUGGAGAACAAAGGCCCGACGGUCAUGACUUUGUGUGAGCGAGAGGCUGCCGUUGACGCAUGCCGUUGGUCAACCAAAUCGAUUCCCCAUGCGCCCUAUGUCACAUCGUUGCCGUGGAUAUCGCACUAUGGAUGCUGGUACGUCGUCCAUGGCGAUGACAUCACAUCCGAUGCCAGCGGCGAAGACUGCUACCGCUAUGUCAAGGCUGCCCAGCGGUUUCUGGUCGUGAAAAGAACCCCAGGCAUAUCAACGACCGACUUGGUUGGUCGCAUGUUGCUAUGUACCAAGGGACACUUUAUCCGCUCCCUAAGCGACGAAUUGGCCGGCGUCUCUGACGGCAAAUCCGACCCUGAGCGAGUCGCACAGGGCGCUGCCAUGCUACAAAGGAUCAAGGAUUACGCGACAGACGAGACGGCCCUUCAGCCCGGUUCAGAAGUAUGGACCUGGGGCCCACGUAGCCAGGCCAACACCGCCAACAAAACCCACGAUUCGGGGUUCUUCGAGAAACUCGUCUCUGGCAAUGGGCCCAAGCCCGGACAACGCAUCGUCUAUGUCGACGGUGGUUUCGAUCUAUUUUCAUCCGGCCAUAUCGAAUUUCUCAAGCGCGUAAACGAGGCAGAGAAAGGGGAGGCUUACAUCGUGGCCGGUGUCCACAACGACGCCGUGAUCAACCACUGGAAAGGCCUCAACUAUCCCAUCAUGAAUAUUUUUGAGCGUGGUCUUUGUGUACUGCAAUGCCGUUACGUUCACGCCAUCAUCUUUGGCGCCCCCUUCUCACCCUCGAAACCAUAUCUUGAAGCCAUACCUCUAGGUCAAGUCAGUGCAGUUUACCACGGGCCCACCGCCUUCAUGCCGUCGACAUAUGACCCCUACACAGAUGCCAAGGACAUGGGCAUCCUGCGAGAGAUAGAGCCUCAUCCCUACGCAAACGUCAAUGCGGGCGAGAUUGUCCAGAGAAUCAUGAAGGGCCGUCAGGCCUUUGAAGAGCGUCAGAGGCGGAAGGGUGAAAAAGCCGUUGGGGAGGAGGCCACUCGUCAACGAGAGAUCAUGGAGCAAGAACAAGCCGCCAUUGAGGAAGAAAGACGGGCUGCAUUGAACUGA